UAGCCAAAGGCUUAUGGACCCGCAUACUCAAAUCGACCAAUCGUACUGAUAUAAGCCCGCCGGCUCCAGUGAUCGUGCCGGCCUCGACGCGGAACCCACGAAGCUUUCCUCAUUCCUCAUUCUCCUGAUCAAGAAGCUCUGUUGGCUUUCCCGCUCUUCAUCUAGAUUUUCCCACGGUUUUCAAUCAUCUGCCACGGCCAUGGCCUCGCUUCCUCAAUCCCGUGCAUCUAUGCGCUCUGAAAGGCUCUUGCCCUCAACGAAACUCGUUGGUGUGGGCGGUGGCGGUGGGAUCCCUGCGUUUGCACGUGCGAAGGCGGCCGGACUAAAGCGUUCCAUGACCUCAAGCCUGAGGGCGUCCUUUGAUGAUGAUGAUGCCGAUUCUGAAAGAGUUCGAGUUGCUGUUAGACUUUGCCCCAAAAAUGCUGAGGAUCUCUCUCUUGAAUCUGAUUUUAUUGACUGUGUUGAGUCACUGCCUGAGUUGAAGAGGUUGAAGUUAAGAAAGAAUAAUUGGAAAUCUGAAUCUUAUAGAUUUGAUGAGGUCUUUACUGAAAGCGCUUCUCAAAGACGAGUUUAUGAAGCUGUUGCAAAGCCAGUAGUGGAGCGUGUAUUAAAUGGGUAUAAUGGGACAGUUAUGGCUUACGGUCAAACAGGUACUGGAAAAACAUACACCAUUGGUCGACUCGAAAAAGAUGAUCCUUCUCAACGUGGAAUCAUGGUUAGAGCUAUGGAGGAUAUUCUUUCUCAUACGUCUCCUUUGCACGAUACUGUGUCGAUAUCUUAUCUGCAGUUGUAUUUAGAAUCAAUUCAGGAUCUCUUGGCUCCUGAAAAAGUCAGCAUUUCUAUUUCUGAAGACCCUAAGUCAGGUGAAGUGUCGUUGCCUGGUGCUGCUAUUUUUCAAAUAAUGGAUAUUCAACAUUUUCUGGAGUUGCUGCAGAUUGGGGAAGCAAAUCGUCAUGCUGCUAAUACUAAGUUGAAUACCGAAUCUUCUCGAAGCCACGCCAUUCUGAUGGUUUAUGUGCAGAGAUCUUCUAGAGGGCAGGAGGGAAAUGGCUCAUCAUCACUAGCUGUCACCGCUACUAAUGAUAUGCCUUCAUCCAAUGUACCAACUAUACUGAAAAGCAAGUUGCUAGUUGUUGAUCUUGCUGGAUCCGAAAGAAUUGAUAAAUCUGGUAGCGAGGGUCACAUGCUGGAAGAGGCAAAGUUUAUUAAUCUUUCACUUACCUCCCUUGGAAAAUGUAUAAACGCUUUAGCUGAAAACAGUCCGCAUAUACCAACAAGAGACUCCAAGCUUACAAGGCUCCUCCGUGAUUCAUUUGGAGGAAAUGCAAGGACGUCUCUUGUCAUAACAGUUGGGCCAUCUAGUCGACACUAUUCUGAAACAGCAAGCACAAUAAUGUUCGGACAGAGGGCGAUGAAGGUCAUCAACACAGUAAAGCUAAAGGAAGAAUUUGAUUAUGAGAGCUUGUGCAGAAAGCUUGAGAAUCAGGUAGAUUUUCUUACGUCUGAGAUGGAAAGGCAGCAGAGACUUAGAGAUUGUGAAAAAGAGAACAUGGAAAAGCGUUUGAAAGAGUGUGAAAUAUCCUUAGCUGAAGCCAAGAAAAAUCUUGCUAUGAAAAACAAGCACCAACUUGAGAGCUCAGCUUUUCAGAAGUUGCUUGCUGAUACUACGCAAAUGUACGAGGAAAAAGUAGCGGAGUUGAUUAAGAAGUUUGAAGCUGAGCAUUCACAGGUCUCUAGUUUGGAAGAACAGUUUGUUUCUGUGCGACAACAACUGAGUGAUAGUAUUGACUCACUUGAGAAGCAACAAAAAGCAAUCGACGACCUAAUUUUAAAGUUAGACGAGAUGUCAAUGAUGAAGAAAGAAGCUGAAAGCAUAAACCAGUCGCUAGAGGCAGUGAAAGAUGAACUCCUGUCUGAAAAGGAGUUGUUAGUUAAAGAGCUUAAAUCUUCUCAGGAAAAUUUGCUAGAUGAAGAAAAGCGCAGGAAAUCUCUUGAAUUUGACAUCAUCAAACUGAAUAAGCUAUUAUCUGAUAAUAGAGUUGCCUUUGAGGCUGAAAUGUCCAAAGGCAGAAGCAACAUAUCUAAACCAUCAUCUGGAUUAGAAUUUCCUAUGAAUUUAUCCAAGUCAAGCAAACCAAGAGGGACUGUUCCUGGUCAAAGAACGUUCAUUGCCAAAUUAUUUGAGGAAGUUGGCCUACCAAAAGUAUUGGCUCUAUUAAAGUCAGAAGAUUUGGAUGUACAAACUCAUGCUGUCAAGGUCGUUGCCAAUCUUGCUGCUGAAGAUUUAAACCAGCAAAGGAUUGUUGAAGAAGGAGGGUUAGAUGCUCUUCUCUUGCUUCUUGAGUCAUCUAAAGACGAGACAAUUCAGCGACUCACAGCUGGUGCUAUUGCUAAUCUGGCAAUGAAUGGGCUUAAUCAAGAUCUGAUUAUUUGUAAAGGGGGAGCUCGUCUUUUAACAAAUAUGGCCUCUCAGUCUGAUGAUCCACAAACACUUCGGAUGGUUGCUGGAGCAAUAGCAAAUUUAUGCGGAAAUGAAAGGUUACACAUGUUGCUGAAAGAAGAUGGUGGCAUUAAAGCACUAUUGGCUAUGGUCAGAUCUAGGCAUAACAAUGUCAUAUCUCAAGUUGCUCGAGGAAUUGCAAACUUUGCAAAAUGUGAAUCUCGCAGUAUUAAUCAAGGACACUGGAAAGGAAGGUCUCUUCUUAUUGAGGAUGGUGCACUUGAUUGGUUGGUUGCAAACUGCACAACAUUUACUGAUUCAACAAGACAUCACAUUGAACUUGCAUUGUGUCAUUUGGCUCAAAAUGUGGAAAAUGCCUUUGAUGUCAUUGAGAGUGGAGGAAUUAAGCAGCUUCUUCGUAUAUCAAAGGAGUCUUCAAGAGAAGAUAUCUGCAAACUUGCCAAAAAGGCUUUGAAGUCAAAUUCUGCAUUUUUGGAGCUGCAACAGUUAUGAAAAUAUUCUUGUUACAUAAAUCCUUAAAAAAAAUUGGAUCUGGAGCUUCUGAAGGAAAAUCUCACCAUGAGCUGCUAACGCAAGCUCGAAAAGCGCUUAUUGUUAACAAAAUUAUAUGAUUAAUCACUUUUUAGUAGACUUAGCACUUGACUAAGGAGCUCCUGACCCAACUUUUUUCUGCAUAAUUUGUUUUCUAACUGUACCAUUUGUCAACUUAAUUGUUGGAGGCUUGUUGAAUACAGCCAUUCUUUGAUGAUAGUGUAAAUGGAGAGUUUUGCUAUAAUUCUACCCUGUAAUGUGUUGAGAUGUACAGAUUCCUAACUAGCUCUAUAUGCCUUUGAGACAUAUUAUGUAGUGUAUACUAUCAUUUUUUUCACAUCUAUGUGUGAUACUGAUAGCCCUAUCUUUUUAUC